UUGAAUGUUAUUGUAAACUGGGUUGAACACAUGUGAAUGUUUUGCUGCAUGUUAAGUGUUUUGGCUAAGAUUGGUACCAGGAGGGACUUUUCCUCAAUAUUGUCCCUUGCUGACUCCGCUUAUCCUGUCUGAUCUCAGUAAAAAAGCCCCGAGUGAAGUAGCUCCCUUUCUCACGGGGUGUUUGUGUGUAGGACUUGCCAGCAGGAUGCCAGCAGCUGUCGGAGGAAUGCUUCCAGAGCGCAACGGAUUUUUGGGAGUAAAAUCUCAUAUUUUUCCAGGAGAAAGUAGUCUCCCGUCCUUCGUCACUUGUGUUUCCAAGGAAUACCUUCGUUGUUUUCAACACAACAAACGAGUUGGAAAUUACCUUAUUGGAAGGAAACUGGGAGAGGGCUCAUUUGCCAAGGUUAGAGAGGGAUUACAUGUCACGACGGGCGAAAAGGUUGCGAUAAAGGUUAUUGAUAAAAAGAAAGCCAAAAAGGAUUCUUAUGUUACGAAGAACCUGAGACGUGAGGGCCAGAUUCAACAAAUGAUCAGACACCCCAAUAUCACCCAGUUACUGGACAUACUGGAAACAGAAAACAGCUAUUACCUCGUCAUGGAGCUGUGCCCGGGAGGCAAUUUAAUGCACAAGAUCUGUGAGAAGAAGAGACUGGAAGAAUAUGAAGCACAGAAGUACAUUAGACAACUGGUCAUGGCAGUGGAGCACCUUCACAGAGUCGGGGUUGUUCACAGAGACCUGAAGAUAGAAAAUCUUUUGCUGGACGAGGAGAACAAUAUAAAGCUUAUAGAUUUUGGCCUGAGCAAUUGCGCUGGGAUUUUGGGUUACUCGGAUCCUUUUAGCACUCAGUGUGGAAGUCCAGCUUACGCUGCCCCAGAGCUCCUGUCCAGAAAGAAAUACGGCCCAAAAGUGGAUGUGUGGUCUAUAGGUGUGAACAUGUAUGCAAUGCUGACAGGGACUUUGCCAUUUACUGUGGAGCCUUUCAGUCUGAGAGCCCUGCACCAGAAGAUGGUGGACAAAGAAAUGAACCCCCUCCCUGUCCACCUUUCUCCAGCUGCACUCAGCAUGCUGAGAAAUCUACUUGAACCUGAUCCAACAAAGCGCCCAAAUAUUCAGCAAGCUCUAGCUGACCAGUGGCUUAAUGAAAAUGACCAAGGAAAACCUUUAUAUUGGACGCCUUAUCCAAACAGGAUACACAUGAAAGAGCUGAACCAGAGUGUGUUGCUGCACAUGACUGAGAAACUGGGAUACAAACACAGUGAAGUAGUGAACACAGUGAUAUCCAACAGAGCCUGCCACACACUCACUGUCUACUUUCUGUUAAACAAGAAGCUGGAGAGAUACUUAAGAGAACUUAAAGAAAGAAAAUUGAAGGAGCAAGAAAGAAUAAUUGAACUACAGCAAACACCUUGGAAUAGAAAAAUAGAGAAAAUCCCUGAUGUCCCUAAACAGCACCCAUGCACUCUGGCUGAAAGCACAAAGGCCCUGCUGAAAGACAAAAAACCCCAACGAGCAAUUCAGCAAGAGAGAGCACUUCUGCGUGGUCUUUUAUGUGCCGAUGAAGCCAGUGAAGGUGGAUGUGUCACUUCAUGUUCCUUGGAAUACCUGGAGAUGCAACCUACUUUUCCCAGAACACCACAACCCAUUAGAAGACAAGAAUACCUCCAGCAGGACAGCUUCAGUUUGGGAAGGGAAGACAAGAACCCCCAGUUUGGAAUCAGUUCAGGUCAUUCCACCGAUUCUGUGGACAGAGAACCAGGACAUACUGAAUCAACACCAUGGUACAAAUUUGCCAGCUCUGCAUUCUCCCACAGGUUUUCAAAUGAAAAACAAUCUCCUGCCUCACAGCCAGAACACACAAGUUCUAAUAACCCUGUGGUUUACACACACACAGACGAGGACAAGAAGAGUCCACUGAAACCAGAUAGGGUCUCUUCAGAUUUUAAUGUGUCCUACAACAAAGGGACUGGAGAUUCAGGAUCCCCAGGAUGUGUUAAAAACCGAGGAAGGUUCCCAAUGAUGGGCAUAGGACAGAUGCUGAGGAAAAGGAAUCAAAAUGUGCAAUGUAAGAUUGAGAAGCCUGUGGAAAUGAACGUGCCUGCCGCAGCGCGGUCCUGUCAGGUGCAGAACGUGUUCCUUGCAACGGGGGCUCUGUAGAGUUUAUGUUUUACACAAAGUGGUUAAUGGAUAAAUUAAAAAACAAAAACAAAGACGCAAAAAAAUGGAUACACUUCAAACUACAGGUGUUAUAUUGUCGUUACUUUUUUUUUGUAAAAAUGAAGACUACAGGACACCAACAAUGUACUCCUCUGGAGACAUAUUUUAAUUGCACCAUCAUAUUUUAUGUUCUGUCACAAAAAAAUGUCAGUUGUUUGUGCAUUUCAGCUUAACCCCUUGUGUGUAAAACGUGGGGUUAUCUAAAGAUAAAGAAAUGAGUGGAGAACCACACACAUCAAAUGUUUAAUGUGUGGAAAAUAUUGGGCUAUACUUUGCACUUAGUGUAGUGAAGAGGCUUGAAACACCAAAUAGCCUAGGUGAGCCCAACUGAAAUGAGAGUUUAGUGUCCACAUCGCAGAACCACAGCACAUUUCAGCACAACUGGUACUCUUCUAGAGAGGUCUAGACUGAAUAGUGGGGUGUUCAGGAGGGAAAAGAAAACCCAGGGAUGCUAUUAUAAAAUACAAGCACUGUACAAGUACAAUGCAACAAUAACCAAACAGUGCUAUUGCAGUCAUAUUUGACCCUGUGUAGUUCAAUGUCCGGUGUUUUUUAAUUAAUUAAAUUAGGUUUUUUACAUUUUAAUGCUGUAAUGGCUGUUUGGUUU